AUGAAUGGAGUGAUUGAGUCCGCUUGGGCAACCACUAAUAUACCACCUUCCACGGGAUUCAGAACACCUUUCGUAAAUUCGAGCCGUUGGGCAGAUGUUGGGAGAAUCAGUGCUACUUAUAAUCCGAAGAAUUUCAAAAAGAAGGACCCUGGUGAGUUGUUUUCCGAUACAGCUCUUUUUGAUAAUUUUCUGAAAAAGUAUGAUCCAUACCCUGACUGGGGUGCCAAUGAGCCAGUUCCAAUCGAAAGGCGUGAGAUUGAAGCAAUAUUCAUCCAAUUAUUUGAGGUGUUUGGAUUUCAAUAUGAUAACACCAGAAAUAUGUUUGAUUAUUUCUUGAAACUUUUAGACUCCAGAGCUUCAAGAAUGGGACCAAUUCAAGCCCUAAGAUCACUUCAUGCUGAUUAUAUCGGUGGAAUUAAUUCCAAUUUUAGAAAAUGGUAUUUUGCAGCUCAGUUGGAUAUCGAUGAUGCCAACGCUUCAACUAGUGAAAUUGACAAACCAAAGAAGAAAACAAUUCAUUCGCUCGAGGACGCAGAACGUCAAUGGUAUUUGAAUAUGAAUAGUUUAUCAGCUACAGACUGUGUUAUCCAAAUUGCUCUAUAUCUUUUAUGUUGGGGAGAGGCAAAUAACAUCAGAUUUAUGCCUGAAUGCCUUUGCUUCAUCUUUAAGUGUUGCAACGAUUACUACUAUGCCCUUGAUGCUGAUGGCCCAAUUCAAAAUGUUACUCCUAGCUUUUUAGAUCACGCAGUAACUCCACUUUACAAUUUCUAUAGAGAUCAGUCUUAUUUCAAACAAGAUGGAAAAUAUGUCCAUAAUGAUAAGGAUCAUAAAAAUGUGAUCGGUUACGACGAUAUGAAUCAGCUCUUUUGGUAUGGUCAAGGUUUGGAGAAAUUAUGUUUGAAGGAUAAGAAAAAGUUAAUGGAUAUCAACCCAUCAGAAAGAUAUAAAUAUUUAAAUCAAAUAAAGUGGGAUAAAGCAUUUUAUAAAACAUUUAAAGAAAAAAGAGAGUGGUCUCACGUCUGGAUAAACUUCAAUAGGAUAUGGAUCAUUCAUGUUUGCAUGUUUUGGUAUUAUACUUCAUUCAAUUCACCUUCUUUAUAUACUCAUAAUUACCUGAUUUCAAUCGACAAUCAGCCGACUACUCAAAUGACAUUGUCUACAAUGUCAAUCGCCGGGUCAAUUGCCUGCUUUAUAUGCAUUGUGUCAGUCAUUUUAGAGCUUUCUUUCGUUCCACGAAGAUGGCCGGGGGCACAGCCAGUUACCAGAAGAUUAUUAAUGUUGAUAAUUACUUUUUCAGCAAAUACGUUACCAAGCAUUUAUUUACUUUAUAUUUAUCCUUUGAAUGCUGAAUCAAAACUAGGCCUUACCAUUGCAAGCAUUCAAUUCACCUUAUCACUCUUUACAGUGGGAUAUUUGUCUCUUAUUCCUCUUGGUAAUUUAUUCACCAAUAUCCAAAAGGAUGAUCGUCGAUUUCUUCCAACGCAGACUUUUACUUCUUCAUUUUACCAAUUAAAAGGAACCGAUAAAAUGGCAUCCUAUGGUCUUUGGGUUGCAGUAUUUUUAUCAAAAUUUAUUGAAUCAUAUUUUUUCCUAACCCUUUCCUUACGUGAUCCAAUUCGUGAAUUAAGUAUAAUGCGUAUGAGUAGAUGUACUGGAGAAAUUUGGGUUGGUAGGUUAUUUUGUAUGUACCAACCGCACAUAGUUCUUGGGUUGAUCAUUAUCACAGAUAUGUUUUUAUUCUUUUUAGAUACUUAUCUUUGGUAUAUUGUUUGGAACACCAUAUUUUCAGUUUUUAGGUCCUUUUAUAUUGGAGUCUCUAUUUGGGCACCAUGGAGAAAUAUUUUUUCCAGACUUCCAAAAAGAAUUUUCUCAAAAAUCAUUUUUGCAUCCAGUGAUCGUAAUAUUAGGGCAAAAGUGCUUGUAUCCCAAGUAUGGAACUCAAUCAUCAUAUCCAUGUACAGGGAACAUCUCUUGUCUUUGGAACAUGUUCAAAAGCUUAUAUAUAAGCAAAUUCCUACUUUAGGAGUUGAAGGAGGUUAUGUUUUAAAAGAACCCACUUUUUUCGUUUCUCAAGAAGAUCAAGCAAUGAAAUCGACUUUGCUUUACGAGCAAUCUGAAGCUCAAAGACGAAUAACCUUCUUUGCCCAGUCAUUAUCAACACCCAUACCUGAAGUCGGAAGCACCAAUUCCAUGCCUUCAAUCACAGUGCUAGUUCCACAUUAUAGUGAGAAGAUAACAUUAACAUUAAAAGAAAUAAUCAAGGAAGAAGAUCAAUACUCUCAUGUCACCAUGUUAGAAUAUUUGAAGCUGCUCCAUCCUUUGGAAUGGUCAAACUUUGUUAAGGACACAAAAAUGCUAGCAGAGGAGUUUGAUUAUGAAUCUUCACUGGCCGAAUAUCUGAAAAAAGAAGAAUUAAACGAUUUACCUUAUUAUUCGGUAGGAUUCAAAGUUGCAACUCCAGAAUAUAUUUUGAGAACCCGAGUUUGGGCUUCCUUAAGAUCUCAGACCUUAUACCGUACCGUUUCCGGUUUCAUGAAUUAUUCUCGAGCUAUUAAACUCUUAUUCGAUGUUGAAAACCCUGAAAUUAAAGAUUUCGAUGACGAAUAUGAUAAACUCGAAGCAGCAUCAUUCAUGGCAAUUAGGAAGUUUCGUUUGAUUGCUUCAAUGCAAAGAUUGAAGCAUUUUUCUCAAGAAGAAAAUGAAAACAAGGAAUUCUUGUUGCGAGCUUAUCCAGAAUUGCAAAUUGCAUACCUUGAUGAAGAGAUUGAUCUUCAAACAGGAGAAACAAUAUAUUAUUCUUGCCUCAUUGACGGAAGUUGUGCCAUUUUGGAAAACGGUGAUCGAGAACCAAAGUAUAAAAUUAAAUUAUCGGGAGACCCCAUAUUGGGAGAUGGAAAAUCUGACAACCAAAAUCAUUCAUUGAUCUUUUGUAGAGGAGAGUAUAUCCAACUUAUUGAUGCUAACCAGGAUAAUUACAUCGAAGAAUGUCUCAAAAUUAGAAGUAUCCUUGCAGAGUUCGAGGAAAUGACUGUUCCAUUAGAUUCAUAUUCUACUACCCUAAAGGAUACUGAAUAUUCUAACCCUGUUGCAAUUAUCGGAACUCGAGAAUACAUAUUCUCGGAGAACAUUGGAAUAUUGGGAGAUGUUGCAGCUGGAAAAGAACAAACAUUUGGAACGCUAUUUGCCAGAACGUUGGCUCAGAUAGGUGGGAAGUUACACUAUGGACACCCUGAUUUCUUAAAUAGCAUUUUCAUGACAACCAGAGGUGGGGUUUCGAAAGCACAAAAGGGGUUACAUUUGAAUGAAGAUAUAUAUGCUGGAAUGAAUGCAGUAAUCAGGGGAGGCAGAGUAAAACACUGUGAGUAUAUGCAAUGCGGAAAAGGACGUGAUCUUGGUUUUGGAUCCAUUUUGAACUUCACAACUAAAAUUGGAGCUGGAAUGGGAGAGCAAAUGCUUUCGAGGGAAUACUUCUAUUUGGGUACUCAGCUUCCUUUGGAUAGGUUUUUAUCCUUCUAUUAUGCACAUCCAGGCUUCCAUUUGAACAACGUCUUCAUAAUUUUAUCUAUAAAAUUAUUCCUACUUGUUGGUAUAAAUAUUGCUGCACUUACAAACGACACCACUAUUUGCGAAUAUGAUAGAUUCAAGCCUAUAACUGAUCCCCGUAAGCCAACUGGAUGUUACAAUUUAAUUCCCGUUGUACAAUGGCUUGAAAGAUGUAUUUUUUCUAUAUUUGUUGUUUUUUCAAUCUCAUUCAUUCCUUUGUGGGUACAAGAACUCACUGAACGUGGAUUAUACAAAGCACUAACGAGAUUGGGUAAGCAUUUUGCAUCAUUUUCUCCUUUAUUUGAGGUGUUCGUGUGUAGAAUCUAUGCACAGUCACUAGUAAGUGAUAUCGCAAUCGGUGGUGCAAGAUAUAUCGCCACAGGAAGAGGUUUUGCAACAGUCAGGAAUUCAAUUACAAAAUUAUAUGCUCGUUUUUCAUAUGAGAGUUUGAAUUUUGCAGCAAUUUCAGGGCUUUUAAUUCUUUUCACCUCAAUUGCAAUGUGGAAAAUUUCAUUAUUGUAUUUUUGGGUUACAAUCAUCGGUCUAUUAAUUUGUCCAUUCUUGUUCAACCCAAAUCAGUACUCAUGGGCUGAUUUUUUUCUUGAUUAUAAAGUAUAUCUCAAGUGGUUAUUUGGGGGAAACAGCAGAUCAAGAAGCUCAUCUUGGAUUGGAUUCACAAAACUAAUCAGAAGUAGAAUAACAGGAGUAAAAGGCAAAUCUACCAAGAUUGAAGAAGAGAUUAAACUAGUUAGCGAUGUUCGACCUCCCAGGUUCAAUUCAAUCAUAUUGCAAUCAUUGUUUCAGAUCUUACAGAUGUCAUUCAUUUUUUUUGCCUAUACUUUUGCAAACUCACAAAACGAAGCAAGAGGUAUGUUACCGGUAAACAGCAUCUUGCGUAUAAUAAUUAUUGCAUUCGGACCGAUCAUAGUGAACCUGGCUAUAUUGUUGAUAUUCUUUAUAAUAUCUUUACUCACUGGUCCAAUAUUUAGUCUAGUUUUUAAAAAGUACCCUUCCGUCAUCUCAGCAACUGUUCGCAUCUUUUCACUUAUUAAUCACAUAUUCUUUUUCGAGUUUCUUUGGUUCCUUCAAGCAUGGGAUUUUUCCAGAACAGUAUUGGGAUUUGCGCUUUCUUCAAUUAUACAGAGUUGGUUUCUUCAAUUGUUUACAGCAUUAUUUAUUUCCAGUGAAUUCAAACAUGGUAGGCCAAACAGAGCUUGGUGGUCAGGAAAGUGGAUUAGUUCAGAGUUAGGUUGGCAUAUUUUCACUCAACCAUUUCGUGAAUACUUUUGUAAAGUAACUGAGCUUAGUUAUUUUGCAUCAGACUUUUUGAUUGGUCACAUAAUUCUUUUUAUUCAAAUCCCUAUUUUGUUCAUUCCAUAUGCUAACUUAUGGCAUUCGAUGAUGUUAUUCUGGUUGAAACCGAGUAAACAGAUAAGACCAAGACUUCUUUCAAAAAAACGAAGAAGGUUAAGAAGGGUAACCGUAAACGUAUACACCAUUGUAUUUUUCACAGUAUUCCUUUUAUUUUCAAGUCUAAUUGCGCUUCCAAUUGUGGCAACGAAAGUUUUGGAAAUUGAUUUUGAAGAGUUGACUCCUGAAUUCUUAGAUUCGUUAAUCCAACCACGGUCCAUCCCAUCUCAGAAAAAGGGUCUUCAUAAGAGCCUAAUUAAAAGUCCAUUUUAA